AUUGCGUAUUUCAGUAGCGCUAGGCCUUCUGUGAAGCGUGGUUUAAUUUUUGUAAUUAAUUUAACAAAAUAUAUUGUUAUUAAUAUUGUAAAUAUUAAAGAAAAUUAAAAAUAUCUUAUAUUUUAAUAUUGAAGCAAAAAUAGAAUAGUAUAGUACGGAUUUAAACAGAAUAAGUAAGCCUCAAUUGAAGAGUGCACAGUAGUUAAAAAAUCAUGGCUGCUCUCAAACUCUACAGGUGGCCAUUCAAGAAAUUGGUGAGCUGGUAUUGGGUAUAAAGAAGAAUAAACAAAUUAGAAUUUCGUUUUUAAUAACUAUUUAAAUGUUUUAUAAUAAAGAAAUAAUUAUAUUAAUCUAAUAAAAGUAAUAAUUGUCUUAAUGUAAUUAAAAACAUAAUUAUCACAUAUUUAUUUACAUUUUAGGUUCUUACAACUGUGUGCAAAUUGAAAUUAGAAAAUAUGAUAAAAACUAAUUAAUUGAAGUAAUUUUGUUUUUGUUGUAAGUUUAUGAAGUAAUUAGUAGCAAAAUGUCAAACGAGCAACCAGUAUCAAAGCGUCAGAGAAUAGAAAAUAGUUCUCGACCUAACUCAAGUAUUGAUAAAACCAAUACGACAAACACGCUAACAAAGACUAUCCAAACUCCAGAUAUCUUAGCAAUUGGACACCAAAUAACUGAUCCAUCUGAACACAAUGGUAACUCUCAUAAGAUUAGUGCAGCUAUUUCAUAUGGACCAAAUUCUAUGUCUUCGGGAUGUUCAUCAUCUUGUUCAACGAGUACGAGUCCCACAAGUAGUUUAAACAGCAGUACUGAUGAAGUUGACAAAGUUAAUAAUCACACUAAUAUACCAGAGUCUACAUCAAAUAGAGAAAUUCCUGAUUUAAUAAAAAACAAUGUAUCAAAAUCAAAUAGAAACAUUCACUGUUUAAAUAAAGACGUAUUACAAACAACGACAACUAGAAAUGAAAUGGCUGAUUUUGAAGGUUUUUUGGUUAAACAGUGUUUAUGUGAAGUUAGUGAGACAACAUUAAGGAGACCGUUUGAAUCACAUUAUCAUGAAGACUCUAAUGGUACUAAAAGAAUAGCAAAUUUAAGUGAAUGGCCCACUAGUAAAUUAAUGCAGUUUUUAUCAAAUCUUCAACUUUUAUUUGACAUAUAUUUAAAACAAAAUUCUAAGGGUUUUAUAUGCAGUCGAAUUAUGGAUAUAUGUGACGCUUUAAUUCGUAAUGAUCAUAAUUUAAUUGAUGAAAUAAUUGAACUAGCUAAUUUCAACAACAAAUUUGUGCAAUUUAUAGCAGGUCGUGUGUUAGCUAGCUUUCUUGUAAUAGCGAAACAUAAUAUGAAUGAUGAUUGGCUAAAAAAACUAAUCGAUAAUUUAUUUUGCUUUGAACGUAUGGAUUAUAUCGCAAUACGGAAAAUGCAUUUUAGUUUAGAAAUAAUUAAACAAAUUGUGGAAUGGAAGGAUAUCGAUAUUCAUCCACUGGAAGAUGAAUUAAAUGAUCAAAGAAAUGCGGGCAUUUCGCAUUCACAAGCAUCAUCAUCAUCAUCAACAUCAGCUGCACAACAACACCAGCAACCACAAUUUCAUCCUAGAAUAGAAAAUAAUUAUUUUGCAAUAAAUUUUAACAGGGAAAUGGACCGUGAAGCAGGGGGAAGUAGUUCAAAUAAUAUCGAUAACGAAUAUAUUGGAAGAAAUGAAAGAUAUAUAAGCAACGAUAAUGAUGACAAUAGCAAUUCAAGCCAAAGUCCAAGUCAUGUUUUAUCCCAAAACGGUUGUCACCUAAUUUCGUUAACCGAUUCAGAAAGUUUUGAUACAACUCAUUUAAAAUGCGUUACAAUAAAAAUUUUAGAAAAUAAAUGGCCUGCUUUAGUCAAAAAUAUGAGUCAAUUAAUAUCUUCAUUUCGUAAUGUAACGAAUGCAGAAAAUUGUAUUUUAACUUUUUUGGUGUUAUGGGAAAACAUAAUAAGUGUGAAAGCAAAUUUAUCAAUUGUUGAAACAUUACCGUUUUACGCUCAAUUGGAUAAAUUUGAAUUACUGUUGAAUCAAGAAUUAUCAUGCACAAUAUAUAAACAGAUGUUAAGUUUAUUUAAUGAAGCUUUAUGUUAUGGAAGCACAUUAGCGCUUCAAGAUCUUUUACCGGAAGAGACAUGCAUGUUAGCACAUCAAAUUGUUCGCCAUGUAAAAGAUUUUCGAAUAUUAGAUUCUUUACCAAGGCGACAACCUGAAAAUUCAAUAAGCUUGAUUGGAUAUAAAGGCCGAAGUAUAAUUUAUGAAAAUACAUCAUUGGAUCAUAUUAGUGAAAAUGAUUUGUUAGCAUCGCAAAUUAUUGGUGAUGAUGAUGGUACUGAAAUAAAUAGCAAUAUUAACGAUAACCAUACAAAUUUGCAAAUAGACUCAAAUGAUAUACCAGAUAUGGAUAAAACGAUAUUGCAAAAAAUUGUACUACUUGUAUUAAAAUCAGUUGCUGUAACUGUUAAAGAAAUUCGAAGUGAUUCUUCGGAUUCAUCAAUUGAUAGUACAGAUUAUGAUGCAUUUCAAGAUAUGGUAUUAAUUGAACGAUCAAUACGUGAUGUAUUAAAGAAAUUAGAAUCAUUUAUUAAAAAUACUUUAGAAUUUCAUCCAGAAUGUCAUUUUAGUAAAAUUUUAAUACAUUUAUUUGAUGAUCAAGAUGAUCAUUUAAUUGAAGCAAUGGUUUGUACUUUAGAUGUUACAGCUGGUAUAUCAUUUCGUAAUAAUGCAUUCCCAGAAUUAGUGGCAAUGUUAAAUCCAGUUUAUACGUUCCUAGAAUUUUUAAAGAUGAUAUCAAAUAGUUCAGAUUUAUUAUUAGAUUUAUUAGUUAGUAAUGAAACAUGUUUUCUAUUAUAUCUAUUACGUUUUCUAAAAUAUAUAAGAAUAAAUUGGUCAAUGUUUAUAAGUAGUUGUCGUGAAUUCGAUGAAAAUAUGGGUGGAUCAAAUUGUUUAGAUGAUGCUAUGAGUGUAUUAAUUCGAUUAAGAUUACAAAUUAGUAGAUUAGUAUCAAAAUCUUUAUAUCCAUAUGAUAUAUCACCAAUAUUAAGAUUAUUAGAAAGUUGCGAAAGUUUAUAUGAAGGCAAUGAAUUAAGUUAAAUAAUUUAAAUUAAAUUUAACAAUGAAUUAAAUUUGUAAAAUAAAGAAUAAAAUAUAAGAUAAUUAUAUUAAUUUUAAUAAUAAGAAGUGCCGCAAAAUAAUUAACCUCAGUACAAAAACAAAUAUAAAUAUAUCAAGUUGUAUAUAUGAAAAUAUAUAUAUAUAUAUAUAUAUAUAUAUAUUUUUUUAAAUUGCAGGAAGUCUUAAUUAUCGGGUUUUUUUUUUUUAAUUAAUUUUCAUUUACGGGAAAUUUUUAUAAGAAAAAUUUAUGUGUAUUAUUUAAUAUUUCUUGCUAAUUAAUAGUUCCAUUAUGAUGUUAAUAUUUGUUUAUGAAAAUAAUAACAGGUAAUUUUGCUUUAAAUAAAAAAUAGAUUUAUG